CCUCACGCGGAGCAGGUUGUCUUCUUCGUGUGGAGAGAAAUAAAUCGCGAUCGACCAUGCAGAACGACAAGUUUGCACCACCGCCAGUAGGAUUUACCUCGGCACCACCACAGCCAGGAUAUCCCCAGCCAGGAUAUCCCCAGCCAGGAUAUCCCCAGCCAGGAUAUCCCCACCAAGAACACCCACAGCAGCAUUAUCCUGCCCACACCACCCCGGCGGCCACAUACGGAGGUCCUCCGCCACCACCACCGCAACCAUCGAUAAAUGCUCCCACCAGAGUGGAUCCACCACGCCAAGGAUGCUUUCAGGGCAACCAAAAGAACAGGCCACAAUCCAACGCAGUUGGCUCAGCUGGUCUCAUCUUCAUUUCGGGAGGCAUGAACAUAGCGUGGGCGAUCGGCGUCCGAGGACCCAUUGGCUACCUUGUCACCAAGCAUAAUUUCAUAGCCUGGUUCAUUGGCGCCAUCAUUGGAUCGUUUAUUACCUGUGGCCUGACCAACAAGGUGGCCAAGAAGUAUAUCCUGCUAUUUUCCUCCGCUCUGGUGGCCAUCGGUGGAUUGGUAAUUGCCUGCUCACACCACAAUGGACCUGCAACGGUGGCCGCAUGUUAUUUGGAUGGCAUCGCCAAUGGUCUGGUGUUUGCUCCCUUUUUGGCCCUGGCUGGAGAACUUUCUGUGCCCUAUAUGAGGGGCAAAGUCGUGGCAAGUUUGGAGCAGCUGUGCUUCGGCAUCGGCAUCCUGCUGCAGUUCCUAUACGUCACCUCCUGGUCCUACAACACGUACACAUCGUACAACGAUUUCACUGCCGAGAAUAUGAAGGGAGUGCUGAGUGCCAUAUAUGGUUUCAUGGCCCUCAUUCUGGGCUUCUUUAUGACCAUCGAAUCGCCGGUCCUGAUGCUGGCCAAUAACGAUGAGCAGGGAGCCAUUGAUGCACUGCGUCGCCUGCAAAAGCCCGCCGUGCUGAGCGAUGAAACCUACGAAUUGCUGGCGGAGCACAAGCGCUAUUUGGCCCACAACAAGGACUUGACGGUGGGUCAGAGUAUUUCCCAGGCUCUGCCCACUUUCAUCCGGCUCGCUUACCUGCGAGUUCUGAAUGCGAUGAGCAUCUCCAGCUUUGUGGUCAUCACCUUGACUUUGUCCAUCCUCGCGUCCUACGGAGUGUAUAGCACGAAUGCCUGGUACAUAGGAUUCGCCGUCUGCCGCUUUCUGGGUAACAUCAUCCCGUCCUUCUGCAUGGAGUCCUUGGGCCGAAAGAAGCCCACUGUUUUUGGCCUGCUUGUCAGCUGUGGACUGGCCUUUGCCCUUAGUGUCCAGUACAGUUGGCAGAUGAGUGGAGUGACCGUCCUGCUGCUGGUGUUCCAGUUCUUUUCGGGAAUGGCCUUCACGGCCACCUCAACGUACCUCUCCGAAGCCUAUCCCCUUGGAGUUAAACAGCACUUCAUCGCCCUUACCUUCGUCACCGAAAUGUUCGUCUUCCUCAUCAUCAACGUCUGUGACUACAACGUGAUGCAGGGAUACAACUACUUCUACAUCAUGGGGGGCAUGUACCUGGCUGGCUUCUUGCUGGGAGUCAUUACACUGCCCGAAACUAAAUUGAUGACCUUGCGAGGUGCCCAGCAGCAGUUCAGCAGUUUCGUGAACCUGCGGUUCAAUUAAUCUAGUGAUCCCUAAUGUACCAUUACUAAAUUGAAAAUAUACAUACAAUAGAGUCCUGUAUUUCAUCACAAAAUGGAUUCAUUUUAAAUGACCAAUACUUGUUGUUGGGGGAAGUCCCAAUUGGGAAACACCCUACUAUCUUAAGAACGAAAUCAAACUCUUGAGUUAUGUACAUAUGAAGUAAAAAACAAAUCACAUAGAAAACAAAUUACAUUCAAUCAAAUAGAUUAAAUAAACUAAACGUUUAGUCUUUUA